CAAGGUUAUCCAGAACUCUGCUAGUUCGCUCAAGAGUGCCAUUCUGUGUGAUGCCCCCGCGAGUCCUGCUCCUGAUCUUCUCCCUCAUGAUGUCAGUGAACGUGAAUACUUGCGAGAUCGCCGACAAGGCGAGAUAUGACAACUACCGGCUGUACCGGUUUCACAUGGCCACGGAGGAGCAGGUGAAGGUGAUGCAGGAGCUGGAGCAGAUGAGCGACAGCUUCGUCUUCAUUGGACACGCCAGGCAUGUGGAUCAGACGCUGACGAUGAUGGUGGCUGCCCACAAAGUGGCAGAAGCUGAGGAUCUGUUCAAGAGAUACGGCAUGACCAGAACAGUGCUGAUCUACAACAUCCAGGAGAAGAUCGACGAUGAGUGGGACACUGUGCUGCCGAAGAAGACGCCUGGAUAUCAGCUGGAUUGGCAGCAUUACUUCCAUCUGGACACCAUCAAUAUGUGGCUGGAUCUUCAGCUGGAGAACCACAAGGAACUUAGCUCUGUCAGUCUGGGCAGUAGUUACGAGGGCAGAGACAUCAGAGGAGUGAAACUGUCGCGGAAAGCUGGAAACACUGCGGUGUUCGUGGAGGCUGGAAUCCAUGCCAGAGAGUGGAUUUCACCAGCGACUAGCACUUAUCUUCUGAAUCAACUCCUCACCUCAUCAGAUCCCAGAGUUCAACAACUCGCUGAGAACUUCGACUGGUUCUUUUUCCCAGUCGUCAAUCCCGAUGGUUAUGUCUACACCUUCGACUACGAUCGCCUCUGGAGGAAGAAUCGCAAGCCUUACGGUCUCUGUCGCGGCGUGGAUCUCAACAGGAACUUCAACUCCUCCUGGAAUGGUCCAGGAUCCAGUUCAGAUCCCUGCCGAUAUGAUUUCUGCGGUGGUGCCGUGAACAGCGAGCCUGAAGUUGCGGCAAUUUCGAAUUUCAUCAAGAAACACGUGAAGGAGUCCCGAAUCAAGACCUUCCUGAGUCUCCACUCGUAUUCGCAGCUCCUCAUGUUUCCCUACGGCAGCACUGAGGACAAGGUGGAUAAUUAUGAGGAUCUUAAGGCCAUCGGAGAGAAGGCAAUCGAAGCCUUGGCCAAGAAGCAUGGCACGCAAUUCAAGACUGGUAGCAUAAUUGAGACGAUUUAUCCGUCGAGUGGCGGAAGCAGCGACUGGGCUUAUGAGGAAAUGGGGAUCAAGAUCUCCUACACUUUCGAACUCAGAGGACCACCUGACAGCACGGAGAUGUUCAUCUUGCCCGCCAAUCAAAUAACGCCCGUCGGCGAGGAAACUCUCGAAGCCUUCAUCACGAUUAUGAAGGAAGCUAAGGCGCGAGGAUAUUACGAUGAUGCUUAAAUUCAGCAUUAAUUUAUCUACUGGUGGAGAGAGAUAUUUUUUUUAAUGGUUUGAAGAAACGAAGAAACUCUUUGAAAAUGAUCAAGAGUGGGAAAUAAAUUAAUUGCUUUUCACAAUAAAGUGUUCAACAAGAGGCAGAAACACUCUUUGUCGACUCAUUAUGCAUU